AUGUGGGUCAAACAGUACCAGGCGUCCAGCUUCCAGGAGAGUCUGCAGGAGGAGAAAGGGAGCGAUGAAGAGGAGGACGGCGACGAUGACGAAGAAGACAAGAAGCCGCUCAGCAAUUCGGAAAGCCCAAAUAAGGACAACAGCAACGCCAAAGAAACUAGCGGCAGCGGCGAGCAGAAGCCAGUGGGGAAGAUCAUUAAAUUUGGCACCAAUAUUGACCUGUCGGAUCCCAAGAGAUGGAAACCGCAACUGCAAGAGCUUCAAAAGCUGCCUGCCUUCAUGCGCGUGGCAUCCAGCGGCAACAUGCUGAGCCAUGUUGGACACACCAUCCUGGGCAUGAACACCGUCCAGCUCUACAUGAAGGUCCCGGGGAGCCGAACGCCAGGCCACCAAGAGAACAACAACUUUUGCUCGGUGAACAUCAACAUCGGCCCCGGAGACUGCGAGUGGUUUUCCGUGCACGAGAACUACUGGCAGGCCAUCAGUGACUUUUGUGAGAAGCACGGGGUGGACUACCUGACGGGGUCCUGGUGGCCCGUGUUGGAGGACCUCUACAACGCCAACAUCCCAGUGUACCGUUUCAUCCAGAGGCCGGGCGACUUGGUGUGGAUCAACGCCGGGACCGUUCACUGGGUUCAGGCCGUGGGCUGGUGCAACAACAUUGCCUGGAACGUGGGACCUCUGAACGCCUACCAGUACCAGCUGGCCCUGGAAAGGUUCGAGUGGAACGAAGUCAAGAAGGUCAAGUCCAUCGUACCCAUGAUUCACGUGUCGUGGAACGUGGCCCGCACACUCAAAAUCACCGACCCGGACACCUACAAGAUGAUCAGACAUUGUCUGCUGCAGUCCAUGAAGCACAUCCAAAUCCUGCGUGACCAACUGGUGGCUCAAGGCAAGAAGAUCUCCUACCAGGGCCGCGUCAAGGACGAGCCGGCUUACUACUGCAACGAGUGUGACGUGGAAGUGUUCAAUUUGCUGUUUGUGACAAGCGAGAGCAGCAGCAGGAAGACGUACGUGGUGCACUGUGAGGACUGCGCCCGCGAGCGCACCCCCAACCUCAACAACGUGGUGGUGCUGGAGCAGUACUCCAUGGAGGAGCUCACCGCCACGUACGAUUCCUUCAGCCUGGCCUCCUCUUCCUCCUCGUCGUCACGGUGACAGGAGCCCCACCCCCCCCACCCCCCCAGCCGCAACCAAAACUCCUGCGAGUAAGGACAAAAGAGAAAAACACUUUCAAUGUUGAUUCUUGGAGAUCGUCAAAUGGGUUUGUUUACUCCUUUUUUACUGUUUACAAAUCAAGACGCAGCAGUUUACGCCUCUCAGAUGGUGCUUUGAUUCUUUUGCUUCUCUCCUUGUCUUGAAUACAUUUGUACAUGUUGGGUUUGAAAAUAAAAAUAAUUUAUUUGUUUUCUUAAACUAGAUUCACCUAGAUAUAUAUACCACAUUGGCCUUGUCACUUGUAUUUAGGAAAGAAAAUGAAAAAAAAAUACUAAUAAUAGAGAAUAUGGAAGGUUUUUCUCGAAAGCAUUAAGAAUUUUGAAAAGUAAAAUUGUUGACAUACGGGUUUUCAUUAAAAAAGAAAAAUUAGGGGCGGGGUUUCAUUUUAUGUUCUUCUAUUUUUUAUUUCGAAUGAAUUGUACAUUUAUCGCUCCUGGAAAUGAUGAAUAUUCAAAGUUUGUUUUUUCUUUCUUCAUUUGGUUGGUGCUGACCUACUUGUUUUGGUCCAGUGUGUCCUCUUGAAGAGGGGAAAUUGUACAUUUAAUUUAAAAACAUUCCCUCUAUUUAUUGGAUAACGCAGCCUUUUUUACUUCAAAAAACAAAACAGGGCUUUCCGUCAUUUUAAUGCUGUCCUUUGAUGAUGAUGCAGUUUUUUUCUUCCCACUUCCGAUGUGUAUGAAACGGUAUUACGUCACAUUUUUCUGUAGACUAAAGACACUGCUUACGUAGAAUUUGUACGAUCUUUUUUGGGGAACUUUUCAAUGACACUUCAGUGAUUUUUGUUUUGGUUUUUAUUCUACAAUCUGGCAAAGAUGUCAAUGGGCUAGAUGGUGCUAAAAAUUCUCUUUUUGUGUUCUUGAGAAUUCUAUUUUUCCUGUUGCAAUAUUACACUUUUCCUUCUUCUUUGUGCUCAUUAAUUUAUAACUGCACUGUGUAGAAAGUUUGUGCACACACACAUAGACACACACACACACACACUAAACUGAGCCAGACUUGUCUUAAAACACUUUGUGAACUUGUGUGACAUUAUCAUGACUAUUAAUAAACCGAGACGAAUUGUAUAA